GAAUUCGGGACAAGUUGGACGGUUGGAUCGCGCGCGGUUGCGGUCAAAGCCUUUUCUGGUUCAGGCUAGCGAUUUCCGGUGUGCCGGGUUUGGUGGUACGCACCACGCAACGACUUCAUCAGUCGUUGACAGCCGCUGGCAGCGAACGGACGUGCUGGUUGCCUAACUGCGGGCGCACUGCCGUUGAACAGAGACAUCUGGCGGUGGAGUUGGGUUGUACGGGGCGCGCGGUGUAGAUUGACAAGUGUGGUUGGUCGGUCGGUCGGUUUGAAUUAUUUAUCUUGGUGGGAAAGUUAUUUCCCGAGUAUUUUCAUGGUUUUUGUGGUCACGGCAGAAUAAUCCUCUUCAGUGACGUGAGGUGCAUUUGGGUGGAGGUGUUGUGGCCGCCAUUCAGGAAGGAGUGCUUUUGUGUAAACCACACACAGGAAAAGAUAAGAACGGAAGCAAUAAGUGAAUAAAAGAGUGUUUUCUUUUAUUUUCCGGGGGGUGGUUUUCCCAGCCAGGUGGGGCCACACAAUAGCAUCAACAAAGAAGUGGAAGCAUUUCCGAUUAUGUGUGAGAUUCUGGGAAAACGUAAAGUGAAAAGCUUCCGGUGAAAUCACUUUCCGACGUUCGAGACUGUGAAGAAAAUAAAAUCGCUACUGUCGUCAAAAGGGGAAAAUUGAAUUUCGGAAGUGGCAAAGUGAAAAGUUACCAAAAAGUGAGAGCUCAAAUUGAAUCAGUCGUGUGCCAAAAAAAGGGGGCCGACCGGAAAAUAAACGUGACAAGGAAAUUCGUUGGAGCCGGCAGCAACGCCAGAAAAAGGGGUGACGAAAUCAGACAACUUCAUCGGAGGACAGUUGCAGCAAUCAGUCAGCAGUGGCAUUGAAAAAAAUAAAUUGGAUCGAGUUUACAUAAUUGGAGCUCAUUCGAUUUCCGGCGCCACAACAGCCAGCUGGGGGAACUGCACGUCAAACUAUUUUCACGGCAGGAUCCAGCAGUCUGAAUUUUCUCCGCAACCGUGGUGUGCACCGCCACGUGGAAAAGUUAAUUAAAGAAUUUCCUUCCCCGUAUCAAGCUGAUCCCCGGUUCGUCAAUGUCGUCAGUGUGAGGCCCUGCUGAAAAAAAGAAGUCACUGUGGAGAUAAAUUAAAAAGUUCGUCCUUAAUUCGGUGUGUGUGUGCGGUGUUGUUUGUGUCUAAGGGGAAAAUUGUGGAAAAACAAAAGGCCAAGAAGAAAAGUGGUUUUUCCAUAGGGAGAAGCGAGCCAAUUUAGUCCACACCUUAAGCUUUAUAGGAUGAGGAAGAUGCUACUACUGGAGGAGAACUCUUCACCCAAGAAGACACUUUGUCAGCAGAUUCGCCGUCAGUGAAGAAAGGGAGUGAAGAAGUGAUGCCAGCAGGGACGACCGGAAUGACAACAAAGGUGAUCAAAUCAAGCAAAGUCUCGUAGCUUCGUUAAGCCAGGAAGUGUUUCAAGGAACAAGUGUAGCCGUGUAGAUUGACGAAAUUGUCGGACCAAAUCAGCGCAAGAAUUGAAGGUGCUGAUUUUGCUCAGUGUAGUGUUGACUUUGUAGCGAACUCCGUAGAAUAGUCCGGCCAUGGGUGAAAUACUGCGAAGUUGUGGCUGCUUCCAGCGGACCCGCCGUAGUUCCAGCUUCGAGGAUUCGUCCUCGUGCCGAUCGUCGGAGAUUGAGCGCGGUGGGGAGAUGACACCGCACAGCGGCAGCCUGCUGAAGCUGUUCACGUCCAAGGGCUGGUGCCGGCAGUGGCGGAAGACCGGCCGCGGCAUGAGCAUGACCAAGAUUGAACGGACGAUGAAGGCGGCCAUCCUGAUCCAGCGCUGGUAUCGGCGGUUCCUGGCCCGGAUCGAAAUCCGCCGGCGCUACACGUGGACCAUCUUUCAGAGCAUCGAGUACGCCGGCGAGCAGGACCAAGUUCGGUUGUACAACUUUUUCAACGCACUGCUAACGCACAUUCCCGACACUGCCGGACGAACGCUGGACUCGCAGAAUACUUCCAGGGCGUCAUCCAAUGAGGCACUCGACAUGAAGUUCUCGGACGAGUCGGACGACCUGGCGGAGGAAGGAAUCUGCGGCCCAGACCGGGGCUACCAGGGACCCACGAUUCACUUUCCGCUGGACAAGAAGGAGCUGGAGGUGAUCAUCGACCUUUUCCGCAAGAAGAAGAAUCGGCUGCACGCCAAGUACGUGGCGGGAAUUCUGCGCGAGGCCACUUCCAAGCUGAAACGACUGCCAAAUCUGAACCCGGCCUCGACGGCCAUCUCGAAGCAGGUUACCAUCUGCGGGGAUCUGCACGGGAAGCUGGACGAUCUGCUGGUGGUGUUCCACAAGAACGGCCUGCCCUCGCCGGAGAACCCGUACGUGUUCAACGGGGACUUUGUGGACCGCGGCAAAAAGGGCCUCGAGGUCUUCCUGUUGCUGUUGUGCACCUUCCUGGUUUUCCCCGGCGGGGUGUUCCUGAACCGGGGCAACCACGAGGACACCGUCAUGAACGUGCGGUACGGGUUCGUGCGCGAGGUGCACCAAAAGUAUAAACACAACGCCGAAAGACUGCUAAAGCUCAUCGACGAAGUCUACCGGUGGCUUCCGCUGGGCACGAUAGUUAACAACCGCGUGCUGGUCGUGCACGGCGGCAUCUCCGACUCCACCGAUCUCGAUCUCAUCCGUAGCUUAGACCGUAGCAAGUAUAUUUCGCUGUUGCGACCACCGAUCACUGAAAGCUCCGCUCCCGGAGCUGAAAUCAUAGACAAAGUAGAAUGGAAACAGGUGUUCGACAUCCUCUGGAGCGACCCGCAACACAACGAAGGCUGCCGGCCCAACUCGCUGCGGGGCGCCGGCACCUACUUCGGUCCGGACGUGACCAACAAGUUCCUACAACGAUACAAGCUGCAGUAUCUGGUGCGGUCGCACGAGUGCAAACCGGACGGGCACGAGAUCAUGCACGGCGGAAAGGUCAUCACCAUCUUCUCGGCGUCCAACUACUACGAAAUCGGCUCGAACAAGGGCGCCUACCUGAAGCUGGACCCCCAGCUGGACACGCACUUUGUCAUGUACACGGCGGCGGCGUCCAAAACGCGCAAGCUAACCUUCCGCCAGCGGGUCGGUCUGGUCGAGAGCUCGGCCCUUCGCGAACUGGCAGCCCGCCUUCGGGAGCAUCGGAUGGAGCUGGAGCGGCAGUUUGUAAGCCGGGAUCCGCAGGGAGCGGGUGUGCUCACCAUCACAAAGUGGUGCGAGGCGCUGGAGGCGGCCACCAACCUGGGGUUGCCCUGGCGGAUGCUGCGGGACAAGCUGGCCCCGCUGGACCACCCGACGGCGGCCAGCACCACGGCCGUGGCGGAAGUCAGCUACCGCAAGACGCUCCACCUGCUCGACACGGAUUCGUUCAAAUCCGCCCAGAACGGGACCGCUUCUGUGGCCGAGUCGCUGUACAAAAACAAGAGCAGCCUCGAGACCAUCUUUCGCAUCCUGGACAAGGACAACUCGGGCCAAAUCUCGCUCGAAGAGUUCGGCGAGGCGUGCGCCCUGCUCGAGAAGCACUUUCCGCACAACACCCACGAACAGCUGCUGGACAUGUGCCGCAUGAUGGACAUCAACAAGGACGGGCUGGUCGACCUGAACGAGUUCCUGGAGACGUUCCGGCUGUGCGAGAACGCCAAGGAGCAACUGCUGACGCAGCUGCAGGAGAAAGCACUCGCGACGGUGGCGGAAAGCACCGACGAAGAUCUGGACGAGGACCAGCAGCAGCACGGUAAGGGCAAGAGGGCCUCGGGCAAGGGAACCAACGGGGACGCUAAAAAGAGGACGGCUACCAACGGUCGAAAGCCCGGCAGUGGUAAAAAGUUUGAUUCUUCCAAAGCAGCUGAAGAUUCGGAAGAUUACGAGGAUUACGAAGCGAACGAGCAGACGGAGCAGGACAAGUUGAGACAGAAGCAGGCAAAUUCGGCCAGUGCUGCUGCCAGUGCGAACGGUCGGAUCUACCGGUUUCGAUAUGAUUAGGAUCGGGAAAAGACAAGCCAGUCGUCUGAAGAAAUGAGAAGUACACUUGAAAAACGCGAAGAGUAGCAAUAUCAAUUAACAAGAGUUUAUAAAAUACAAUCGUACAAAAGAACAAAAGGUUUUCAUUUAGACACGAUUUCAGUCCCAGUGCAACGAUAGUUUACAGAACAAGAUAACAAUACUCAUCCCAAAGAAGAAAAAAAAAAAACUACAACAAAACAAUGACACUAUGUGAAGCUUUAAUCCAUUUUAGUUUUUGAUACAAAAACAAUCUAGUCGAUAUUGAUAAGGUUUAAACCAUUAAAAAAAUAACAAUACAAAAAUAUUCAAAAAAAUCUUCUAAAUGUAACCAAGCAAGCCGAUGGUUUCCAAAAUUCCACACAACAAAUUACAAAAAAAAACAAAAUCGCAUGGAAACUGCGUAUCAUGGCCAACUAGUUAUUUAAUCGAAAUUUUUCUGAAUCAACUUUUCCAAAAAAAAAAGAAGCACCUCCCUUUUUCCUACACCAAAGUCCGAACCAACCUUGCACGAUUGCACCCAAACUUUUUAAAGAAAUAUCUCGUUGUGUAGCUGAAGAAAAAGUAUUUAAUAGCUAACCGAAACUCAAUAAAAAAAACAAACAAGCAUACUACUCCGCGCAUUGAAUGGUUGCUGUUUUCUAUGAUAUUAUGAAAAAAAUAAAGAAAUGACAAAACGAUCAAUUUAUGGAACCAAAUUUAAACUACUAAACAUUAAACAAGUGUAAUCGGAACAUGCCAAAUAUAAACAAAACUAAUUGUAUCACUUUUAAACUAAACUAAAUAAAGAUCAAUCAAAUAUUAACAGAUGAAAACUACAUAAAACGUUUGAGAGUUAGCUAUUGCUUUUACCAAAAAACCAAAAAAAAAAAAAGUUUGGACUGCAAAUUUACUGUAAGUUGGUUUAGGUUAGGCUCGAUGAAAAUUAUUAAAAAAGACUAUUAUAAUUGUAGAUUUAUUUCGUUAAGACACAGAUGCCGAUAGAGUUUAUACAACAAGUUAAAUUAUAAUUAUCAGUUGAGUAUGCUUUGACCGAGUACACCGAUUAUCGAGAUAGUUAUCAAUUGUGUUGAUUUGAUGUUUUGAGAUCAAAAGCCAGAAGCAUUACAAACGUGUUACCCACCGCGAGGUGGAUUUUCUAUUGCUUAUAUAUAUUAAAAAAAGAGUUACGGAAAUCUAUUGCAUUAAAGAAGCGCUUAAAGAAUAACUAAACAAAUGAACAAGGAAUCGAUUAGAAAAAAAGAAGUAGAAUGAUUUUUAAAUGCGGAAUGCCAGAUUUUUCUAUACAGAACAGACAAAGUGAAUCCAUUUUCCUAUACAUAUAUGAUGUUUUUGAGCUAAAAGUAUUAUAAUGAAAGUAAAAUCUAAAACAAAGCGAUAAAAACCAACAUAACCUAGCCCAUUAUAUCACCGUUUUGUGUGAAGAUGUUAACUAAAUAUCAAAAAGACACGAUGCACACAUCGCAGUAAAACUGA